AUGGUAACUACUAAUAAAAAUAUUAUUCUUAUCAAACAAGACAAACAACAACAUUUAGCUGCUUCGUGUUCUCCAAUUGCAAGUUUGGAAACUGCAUUGAAUGAAUUUACAAAAUUAAAUAUUGAAGGGGAUUGUAAAAUACAAGCAACUUGUAAAACAAUGAGACGAACUGGAUUCCAUUACUACAAUUACAACAAAUGCCGUUUUUCUCCUUAUCAAAUUCCCAAAAGCAAUAUUGAAGCUAUCCGAAAAUAUUUAUGCUCUCUUGUUAUUAAACAGUCUAAUAAAGACAAUUUUGAUCAAGAUUUACUUGUAAAUAUUCAAUUAAAAGGAUGUGAUUUUUAUGGAAGAUCUUUACAAAAAAAUAUUUUUAAUAUUACAAAAAAACAACAAGCUUUACCUUGUUGGUUACAACACAAUAAAAAAAGAAGCUUAAUUUGGCGUAAAUCAAAAGAAGAAGAAAAUUUGAAAGAAGAAAAUUUUUCUUCUUCUUCUUCAACUUCCUCGGUACCUGUUGGAGUCGAAAUUGACAAUCAUCUUCAAGAAACUGAGGAAAAACCAACGGAUUUGGGUUUAACUGAAUUAUCUGAUUAUUUUCAACAUUUUGUAUGCCUUUGUUCUCCUAAAAUGUCUGAUUUAGCUCAGAGUAUGUAUGCUUAA